GAUGCGUAUCAUUUAUUUUGUUAAUUUGAAAAUAAUAAAAUAAAAUAAAAAAUAUAUAUUAAAAAAUGUUGUCAAUAUUAUAAAAUUUUGCACUAUUUUUUCCUGGUUUAUUUGUACCAAACUUUUUGGGAUUUUUUUUUCUUUUUUUUUUUUUUUUGUACGUUCUAGGCAACAAAUUUUCACACUUAAAAAUGUCAAGCAAGAAUACGAGUGGUGACGAAUGUUCGAGUUCGGAGGAUGAAAUAUCUAAAGAAGCUUUAAAAGAAGCAACGGAUAUAAAUUUUUUAAAACCGACUUUAUUCGCUACUCAAAAAACUACAAAAAAUUCUGAAGAAUCUAAGGAAAAGUUUAGUAGUACAAAUGUCAAAUCAUUGAGAAAAAAUGUACAGGAAGAAAAUGAUUUUUGCAAUCUUGGAGUAUCAACAACAUUCAAAGCUUAUGUUGCCAAAAAAUUAGAUGCUUUAUUGGAAAGGACAGUGCAAUUGGACAGUAAAACGAAUUCGAAAAAUAACAUUAUUAAUAAAAAUAAAGAUGAAUUAAACAAGAACUAUGGUAUAAAACUUUUGAAUUCUUCGAUAAAUUUAUUAACUGAUGAAGAUGUAGUUACAGAAUUAAAAGAUCAUAAAAAAAGAAAAAAGACUGUAAAUGAAGUAACGGAUAUAUCACAAUUUCAAGAAGCAGCUGUAAAUCCAGAAUGGAUAUUAUCUAAAGUAGAAACUAAAUUUUGGACGGAAAGACAUAAAGGAUCAGUUUUUAAAUAUAAAAAAUUAAAAGAUGGUACUUUGGUAGAACAGAAUUAAAUUAAUUUGUUCAACCUAUUUAUAUAAAAAGUAUUAACCCUAUGUGUAUAAAAAGAAUUUUAUAUAAAUAAAAAAGUACACCGAUCAAUAAAGAUUUUAAUUUUUAA